AUGAAAGACGCAUCGCCGAGCGAGCCUCAAGGCCCUUCUGCCUUUCAGGUUCAGUUGAAGCUCACGGAUAUUAAACUCCACUCGGAUGACUCAAUCGCCGAGAUGGCCCAUACAUUCUGCCCACCCUUCGUUGCGGUAUUCCUCAACAGACUUCGUGGAUACCAAGUGAUCGGUGUGCCUUCGAAAUCCGACGCGGAGGACAAUAGGAUUCAAACCCAAGGCUUCCGGAGGUUCUGGCGGUGGCAUAUCUUAGGAUGCGUCCUGCUUUGCAUCGUGCUCCUAGUCGUCGUUCUCCCGUCUCUCGUCGUCAGCGCUGUGAAGCAGCGACAAAGUCAUCGUCCCUCUUCCGUCAUAGAUAUGAAUCAUGUCCGGACGCCUCUGGAGGGUUGCAUGCACUGGUUUCCCUGGCACUUUGGAAUGGAGGCCUCCCCGGUGCCACACGAAUUCCUGGGCCAAAUGUAUAUGCAUACUGUAAACUCGUCGUUCGCUCUCCCAGCCUCCGCCGUAGCGCUCUCUCUUGGCAGCUAUGGUACCUCCGAGUCAAUACAUGGCUCGCUGGAGCUUCUCGUAGACGAUACGCAGCGCUACCCGGGCAGUGACGAUGUGCACGUCGAGGUUACCGCUUUUGUAGAUGACCCCAAUCUCCUGCAGCGCACCGCCGCUAUGUGUCUCGUUCCAGGUGCUGUCUUGAACGAAACACGUGUGGGGCUUAUCACGGUAGAUGUUCUCCUGCAUUUCAAUUAUCUUUCUGGGCUGACCGCACACCAGUCUCGCCUGCAGAAUACUCUCCUUACUUCUCCUCAGGCAAGCGACCGAGCAGCCUUUUUGAUCAGGAUCUACUUUCCGCUGUCGGACGGUUCCCCCUUACACUUCAAUCAUUUCAAAGCAUUGAUGCCCAACUUCGAGUACCACGCCAACUUGGGGGACCGCGUGUCGUUUCAGGACGUGUCUCUGGAAUCCCCAGACAGCCCUAUAAAUGCAUCCAUCACUGGGCACAACAUCAGGGUAAAGACGUCCAACGCACCUAUCUACGGCUCAUACAACACGACACACACUCUUGAUCUGAUGACACAGAAUGCACCCAUUGAAGUGUCCGCCAGAGCCAUCGCCGCUGACGAUGACUCCGCCGCUGCAAACAUCAGGCUUACCUUCAGUACGAGCAACGCCAAAGUGCGAGUCGCGAUGAUCGAGGCUCCGAUCGACGGCAUUGUGCAGGCGAUAUUGCACACGAUGAACGCACCAGCACGGCUUUACCUUCCGGAGACUUUCGCUGGGUGGUUCAGCCUCAGCUCCACGCACUGGCACGCGCCGCAGGUGCACUUCGACGCAGACGCCCAGACCCCCAGGCUCGAGCGCGAAGUGGAGACAUUUCCAAAGACGAGUGAGAGCGAGGUCUCGGGGAGGGUUGAGUGGGCGUCACAGACGGGCCGUCCGACAGGUAUGUUGCGCCACCAUGUGAACGUCGUGACAUCCAACAGCGAUGUCGAUCUUUUUUUGUGA